AAUAGUGGGAAACUCUUUAUGAACAUGGUAUCUUGAUAGUGUGGAACUCUUUAUGAACGUGGUUGAAUCCAUGCCUUUUUUUUCCCUCUUAGCCCCCUUUCUGUGUCAUCCCAACCUAUAGAUACGCUAUGGUGCUGUGGGAUUUAUCACCGUGGUAGCUCACCAACUAAGCACAGCUGAUGUCUACUGCAAACUGAUGCCUUACCUUGAUCCAUAUAUUACUCAACCAAUAAUACAGGGAAUGACAGAGGAAGAGGAAGAGAAGCUUUUGGCUCUGAAAGACUUCAUGAUGAAAUCGAACAAAGCAAAGGCCAAUAUAGUGGAUCAGAGUCAUCUCCAUGACAGUAGUCAGAAAGGUGUAAUUGAUUUGGCAGCCUUAGGUAUAACUGGGAGACAAGUUGAUCUUGUUAAAACCAAACAGGAACCAGAUGACAAGCGAGCUAGAAAACAUGGGAAACAAGACUCAAAUGUCAGUGAAGAGUGGAAAAGCAUGUUUGGCUCUCUGGAACCACCGAGCAUGCAGCAGGCCCUGCCUAAAGGGAGUGAUCAGGAGGUGAUGCCGGCUGGGAAGCCGCCUCGUUCCGAGUCCUCCGCUGCUAUCUGCGUCCCUUUGUCGACUUCUCCGCAGGUUCCAAAAGUGACAAAUGUCCAAAAUAGAAAACCAACAGUACAGGUUUUCAGUAGCACAAUUUUACCGUCCACUUCCCAGAUCCGGAUCACAACGUGUAAAGCUGAGCUUCAGCGGCUCAUACAGCAGAAACGGGAGCAGUGCAGUGCCGAGAGGAUAGCUAAGCAGAUGAUGGGAAACGCCGAGUGGGAGAGUAAACCCCCACCACCUGGUUCCACAGGUUUCAUCGGGAGAAGCCAAAAAGAGAACCAAGCCUUCAUCUCCUCCCAGAAAAAGGGGGCCCCACCUAGGGAACUCGGAGAAAAG